AUGCUCAAGCCAAACAUAUCAGCACGAAACACUACUCCCUGUGCCAAGGCAACCACCUCAACACAGCAGUCCGCGUGCAAGAGACACCCUCGUCACCGCAACCGGGAGACUAGGCAGAUGAAGCGGAAUCUCAAGGAUAUUCGGGAGCGUCUUGGCCAUGCUCGUGCUCGGUACGAAGCAGCCAAGGAUGAAGUCGCGUCUUGUGAAAAAGAGAUUACCAACCUUUCUCAAAAAAUGAAUGGCCGACGCGGUGUUGCAGCGGUUCAAGCCGAGAAGGAAUCCCGGGCUUGA